AUGGCCGACGACAUCGUCCUCAACGACGACAUUACCGGCCACGAGGCGGGGGUGGCGGAGGACAUCAUUCUCGACACGCCGGCUGCCGAAGAGACAGCACACGAAGAGGCACAAGAAGACAACGCCAGCUCAGGCAACAACCACGGCGUGGCCAAUGUUGUUGCAGCCAUCGAUGCCUUCCUUGCGGACCCGAACGACUUGGGCGAGGAAAGCCACGAGCCGAUCGUUUACCAGAGCCACAGCGACGAGCACGACGCCCACAUAGAACACAAUGUGCAGGCAAAAGAUGAUUGCGAGGCUGAUGAAGCAACGGCGCCAAAUGUCGACGAGGGAGACGUAAACAAUGGUGCAGAAGCACACACUGGAGAAGCCACAGAAGAUGAUGUGGCACAGGAAGCUGAGGAACUGCACGAAGAGGAGCAUAACGACAUGGAGGAAGAGGAGGAACACGACGAGUUUGAUACUAUUGACGCUUCAGAAGACACUGCCAGGCCCCUCGGUGAAACAUUGUCGCAGCCUACCAUAGAGGACUGUGACGCCACAGACCUCGAACGGGAGGAGGACGAGGGCGACGAGGAUGCUGAGGCCCCUGGCGUCGUCGAGCAUAAUGAGGCAGACGUGCCCAUCGCGGCAUCCGCACUCUCUAACGGCGAGGAGUCAAAUGCCGAGUUCCACGAUGAAGUUGGGGGCCACGAGGACGAGCACGUGGAGCACAGCACACUCCCUGACGACAUGGGCGAAAACGAACAUACGUCGCGCCGCAGCUCGGCAUUUUCGGCCCGGUCGGCUGUCUCGGACCGGCGUACAUCAAUGCGCACCGAAGCUCUGAUCCAGGCUGCAGCACGGGCUGUUGUGGCCAAAAUCAAUGAGAAGGAUGCCACAGGCGGCCAUUUCGACAUCGAAAGGGCCAUGUCGGAGUCUCACGGUAGCAUCAUUGAAGACGCCGACCACGACACGACGACGGACGAAGAGGGCGAGAAUGACCACGACGGUGAUGCUGAACCCGACGACGACGAUGUGUUUAGCGACCGCAGUCCACGCAGCUCACUGGGGUCGUUUGAGCACCACAGCGGCGCCAGCAACAACGGCAUCGAUGAAGGCCCAGAAGCACAUCAGAAGAUGGACCUUCACAGCACGGUCGAAGACGCCACCGACGUUCACGAGAGCGAGGAUGAGUACGCCUACGCAGAGGACACUGGAAGUGUCGCAUACCAUCGCGGGACCAGUCACUACUCACCGCGUAUGUCUGGCGUGUCUGGAAUUUCCCGCAUGUCCCAGUACGAGCAGCAGCACGAAGACGAUGAGGAGUACAAACACGACGACGAAUUCGUUCACCACACCAUCCGUGGAACGCCUCGGGCUGCCUUCCGUACGCCAUCGUCUGUGCGGGCUCUCCAGAUGUCAUCUCCUUCGCCCUCUGUUAUCUACGGAGUAUCUCCCCGAUCGGCUGCCCGCCGCCGGCGCCUCGGUACAGGUAGUGGCCUGGAUGACGGCCAGAGCAUGGGCUCAGUUGGCACAUAUUCGUCACUGCCCGGAUCACCGUCUAAAAGUCAGACCCCUACACGCUUUAAGGUGUUCCGCAAGCCGGAACCAGCCCCGCUUGUUCUUCUUCACGCGACGCUCAUGCCGACGCGCUGGGUGUGGUCGGAUGUCUUACGAACGUUCGACGAGAACAUCGGCCACAACAAGAACGACGUGUCUCUCCAUGACGGCGAUGACUUUGCAACAUCGUCGUUUGAGCCAAGUGCCGCGCUCAAGCGACUCCAUAGUGCAUGGUGUCAACUGCAGGAGUACUCUCUUGGUGCCGACACUGUGGCCGAGCGAGGUGUCUUGCUACCUCACCCGCAGAACGACUACGAGGUGCUCGAAGAGAGACUGUUGGAGGCGCUGGAGCUGCCCGUCCGGCGGCGGGCUCGGAUUCUCGAGUGCGGCCAUUAUCUGGGCCCGGCGGACGACGAUGAGGAUGACUGCGAGGACGAGGUUGAGGGUGAUGAGAGCGAUGGCUAUUACAACGACCACAAGGACGAAGGCGAGGCCAACAAGCGCCAUUGGUGCACGACCUGCCGGUCUGAUAUCCGUUAUGAGUCGCUCGGUGCCGAGCGCGUUUUCCGUGUCAAGGUGUACGCCAGCAAUGGCCUGAUGGCGGUGGGUGCGUGGGCGGCUUGCUGGAGCGAGAUGGAGCGUGUUGAUGUGGAGAUUGAGCCCAUCGUGGCCGACGCAGCGCUUCUCCGCGAGCUUAACCAGCUUCGGAGCCUGCAGCAGCAAGAGGCGCUCCACAAGCAAGAAGAGGCGGAUGCCGCGGUCCAAGCAGCCAUGGCGGAGAACGAGAUCGACGAGGCGGGCAUGCACGGCGAUGAUUUGCUUGACGAGCCCGACGUGCACGACCUACACGAGGAUCGUGAAGAGCACCAGCCCUUCGAAGCGCAGAAGGACAUCUCGCAGUCCCAGUCCCCAGCCAUGGCUGACCAUUUCCACCUGUCACCUCCAAGUGCCAUGGCCAUGUCGCCACCGCUUCGAGAUUCGCCGGUCGAGCCACCCGCACUGACCACCACGGACCGCACGUCCGAUGCCAACCGCAGACGACGUGAAGCAGAGGAUCGCUUGCGUGAGAUUUAUGGCCGGACGCCGCCGCAUACGGCGCUCGCAGGAGCGCAGACGUCGCCGUCACGCCACGUGGAGAGCACGCGAUUGUCCGAUGUACCCGAAACAAUCGAAACCGCGGCCAGUCGAGACAUGGGUGCCGGAACGUCUCCGUACGGUCCAUCGCCACCAUCGCCGAGUGCCGAGGCCUACAGUCGGCGUGAAGAACGCCGGAGCCGUCAAUCGUCAACAACCGACCGGGCCUUUGGCAACGACACGGACGGUGCUGCACCCCAUGCCAGCCACCCCCAUGCGCCGUACGAAUCAGCAUCGCUGCCGGAGCUUCUGCUUGCAGCUAUCCAGGUGUUUUUGCGCGACCGUAAGCACGUCGCCAUAACGGUGCUGAGCGUCAUUGUCAUUGUGCUGGCCACACUGCGGUCACCGGGCGCAGGCGACCAAGGCUUGCAAGCCGUUCAAGCACAGGUUCCUCCGGCUACGGACUUUGGUUUCGCACCGGUGAGAGAUGCCGGUGAUGCCCGCAUUGGCGUUGAACAAAAGGACGUCGAGGCGGCGUUGGCGGCCGAGACGAACUCCGAAUCAGCGCUUGCCGAGAUGGUUAGCCGUGUCGGGUCGCCGGACAUUUUGGUCGAGACAGUCGUGGAGAAGAUGACAGUCAAGGUGUACGAGACGGUGACUGAAACCGCAACAGAGACGGCCACGCAGACGACGGUGGCUACUGCUACGUCCGAGGCAACCGUUGAUGGCUCGGCGAUGGCGGAAACAGCGACGGUUGAGGCCAUGGAAUCUUCGGUCGAGCCGGCCCAGCUACCACCCGCCACGUUCAUGUCAGCCGGUUCGAUGUCUGCUAAUGCGAACGCAGCAUCACUCUUUGCUGCGGCAGAUGUAUCGACCUCGGCGGCCAACCCGACUGCUGUUGCUGCGGAGGUGUACGACGAGCUGUAA